GUUAUAAGGUCGCACUUACACGCUUUAGAUCAAAACAAUACUUUUAAACAACACGAAAUUUCGUAAACUUAUUAUAAUUGAAGAACAGGAUUUUUCCAAGAACCGACCCGAUCCAAUAUGGACAAAGACCCUCCAUUGCACCAGGGAAACGCAAUCUUUCGUAACCAACCGUCGUACAAAGUGUUCAACAAAUCCUUCGAGAAUGUGAACGAUGCACUCUACACAUUUCUGAACGAGGUGGAUCCCGAAGUGCUGCGACAGGAGCUUCGAGAAACCGCCGAUGUCUUUAAAUCCUUCAGCCGCAUCACAGCCUUGAGGGACCCUCGCACGGAGGAGGUUCCGGGGAGUCCGCAUUGCGACCAUUCCGGCCCCGGUUCUGGCUACAGUUUUCCCAAUCCCCAGGAGCUGUACUCGGAGUUGAAUCUCAAGCAACAGGCCGCCUGUAUGCGAGUGCUCCUGUCCUGGCAGCGAAGUGAACCCGUCGAUGAGGAGGACUUCGUGGUGUGGCAGGCCACCGAGAAGAAGCGCUGCAACGAGCAGCAGCGUGUCCAGAAACACAUCCACGACCACGAGCACGGUCACAGGGAAGUCAUCUAUGCUCCCAUGAAAAGCCUGGUGGCGGUCUACAGGAAGUGGUAUGAGCUUAACGUUAAGAAACUGCUAAAAGCAUACCCCAACGAGUCCUAUGUAACCUUCUCCGGCUUACCACAGUUGUCCCAGUGCAAGAGCCUCAAUUCCCAGACCGCCAGCAUAGAACACGUGGAGCUGGAGCGGAUACUGGGCCGUGUGAGACUAUGGCCGGAGGUGGAAGUCCGCCAGAAAGCACUGCGCACUUUACGAGUACGCUUGGAACGCUAUUCAAUUAGGGAGACUUAUGAGCCAGCCAAACUUUUGCGAGAUGAAGAGAAGGAGCUAGAGCUGGAAGCAGGGAAUAUUUUCGUGCUGCCUUUGGACUCACUCUUAAUGCUGUUAACCUCCGGAUCAUAUAUUGACCUACCCACAGAAAUGUUUGUCAGCCUAAAAGCAUCCCCAAAUAGUAAUCACAAAUGCAUGGAAUUCCAGUCUCCCUUUCCCGCCCGCAAUUGCGGCUGGCAUACAAAUAGUUUGGUCCUGAAACGGGCUUAUGAGGCAUUUGUAUCCCAGCCUGGAGAAGCAAAGUGGCUGGAUUUCGGGCCAAAUGGAUCAGUCAAAGAAGUCCUAGAAAAGCCUACUUAUAAAAUGCCUUCUAUCAAUCUUCAAAUGGAAUACAAGCCCCAAGCAAUUGAUCAGCAAUCUUUUGACAUUGUAGAUGGCAGCACCAACACCGCCUUAGUAAGCUGGAGCCUGAGAUGUAAGGGCGAAGGCGAACAAAACAAGGAGUUUCAGGUCUUCAGCACAUUACCCAUACCAGCGGUUAGAGAUUCCAAGGACAAGAAGCCACUUGGAUGCCAUUUCAUAAAGCUGGAGAACAAGCCGGAUUGCGGCUGCGAAAUUAUGUCCAAGUACGAGCUGAUCAGUGCCUGGCUACAGCUAAAACUAUUGCAGGCGGAGAUGGGUCACUGCACCCGCAUCUCACUGCGGGACUUUGAGCCCAUGAUGGAGGAGAAACUGACGCUAAUCUCGCUAGAGCAACAACUGCACGACUACUACAACACUAGCAUGCCGCAGCUACUGUCCAACCUAUACGAGUUCCUGAAGCUGCUAGACACAGUGCCCGGUGGCGAAUACCUGCUGCGAUACUCACCCAAGUAUAAAGAUAAGUUCCUACUCUGCAAUGCCACCAAGGAGGCCCCGGCCCAGAGCUUUCAGCUGCAUCAGCUCCUCACGGAAACCUCUCCCAGUGAUCAAAUCUUUCUUACCCAAAGCAGUUACCUUCCAAUCUCGCCCACACUCUGUGGCCGCCUGCACACAGAACUCCAGCUGCUGCCCUGCGCAUUUCCAGCAAAGGCCGACGGAAAGGCUAUACAUCGUCGAAAUGCCGCGAUAGCCAAGCCAGAGCCCGCAGCGCGAGCUCCUGGAAGGCGCCCACGCGGAGCUCCUGGAAGGCGCCCAGUCAAGAAGUGGACAGAAGCUCAAACUCAAGAUUUCCGGCGCAAAUGUAAGUAUGAGCAAAAGAAUAGAGCUAGAGCUCGCAAAAAAGCGGCUGCCAAUGCCGAAAAGGUCCAACUGGACAAGAUUAUGUCGCUGUGA